UUGUAAUUUCUAUCCGGUGAUGUCCCUGCAAAAGGGAACACAUAUCUCCCGCUGGCGAGGUUUUCUCCAGCCGACAGACCGUCCACUCCUCCCAGUCUCCACCCCUAUAGACUGCGGGCAGGCAUGGCGGCUAUCGAGACACGGGAAUGCGAAACAGAAGGCUGUAGUAGCGAGGCCAAACUUCAAUGUCCAACCUGUAUCAAGCUCGGGAUCCAAGGCUCAUACUUUUGCUCUCAGGAGUGCUUCAAAGGGAGCUGGGCUACUCACAAGCAGAUGCACAAAAAAGCAAAGGAGGAUAAGAACCAGGUUGAGGCAAAGAACUGCGUGGAGAACGACACCAACACAGAUCCAUGGCCUGGCUACCGCUACACGGGCAGACUACGCCCUCACUACCCACUCACUCCCAUGAGGCAUGUCCCCGGUAACAUCGAAAGACCUGACUAUGCCGACCAUCCACUAGCAGCAGAAGUGGGUCUUAUGGCAGGCAUGUCUGAGUCGGAGCAGUCUUUGAAGGGCACUUCACAGAUCAAGAUCCUUUCUGCCGAAGACAUAGAAGGCAUGACAGUUGUGUGUAAGCUGGCCCGAGAGGUGCUUGACAUCGCCGCCCUGAUGGUAAAACCUGGCAUGACCACGGAGGAGAUUGACUACACUGUGCAUUUGGCCUGCACAGCCAGAAACUGUUACCCCUCCCCUCUCAACUACUAUAACUUCCCCAAGUCCUGCUGCACGUCAGUCAACGAGGUCAUCUGCCACGGCAUCCCAGACAGGAGACCUCUGGUGGAUGGGGAUAUCCUCAACGUGGAUAUUACUGUGUACCACAAUGGAUUUCACGGAGACCUCAACGAGACCUUCUUCGUUGGGGAGGCAGAUGAAGGGGCGAAAAAACUUGUCCAGACCACCUUCGAAUGCCUUAUGCAAGCCAUCGACUCCGUGAAGCCAGGUAUCCGCUACAGGGAACUUGGUAACAUCAUCCAGAAACAUGCCCAGGCUAACGGCUUCUCUGUGGUGCGGAGCUACUGUGGCCACGGCAUCCACAAACUGUUCCACACUGCUCCUAACGUGCCGCACUAUGCCAAAAACAAAGCAGUCGGAGUGAUUAAGCCCGGCCAUGUAUUCACCAUCGAGCCCAUGAUCUGUGAAGGUGGUUGGCAGGACGAGACAUGGCCUGAUGGUUGGACAGCAGUGACCCGGGACGGAAAGCGUUCGGCCCAGUUUGAGCACACCCUCCUGGUGACUGAGACGGGCUGUGACAUUCUGACGCGCCGGCUGGAUGACAACGGACGUCCCCACUUCCUGAACCAAAUCUAAACGGGGGGGGGCGACACAGCAUCACAUGGACUGUCUCACGGGAUGCGUUCUCUUUUGCACCCCCGUUGUAUCACACACACCUCUAACCUGAGGCACCACACCCCCUGGAGGCCCGCCCGCCGUGGCCCAGCUCUCACUGUUCAACGAAUUUACUGUCCUUCUCCAAAAUUAACGGAAAGUACUUGAAUACAUUUGAUAUCAGCUGUGUGGAUUUUUUUAAUCUAGGCUGUUUUAAGAAAAAAUGUCUCAUCAGGAGAUAAAAAGGACAAAUAAGAGAAGGGAAGUGUAUUCAUGAAAUGUGGCUUUGCGCAGUUGCAGGUUGAAUUCUUACCUUGAUUGUUAGCUUGGAUUCUGUUGAUGUGUAUAACUGAAGAGGCAUGGAAGGGAUCAGGCUUUAGUUUGACCCCAUGACUUUUAGACAUGUGCUACCUUACUGUAUUGCUUAAUUGAUUGCAAGGCAGCCAUGCUCCUAUUGACCGGCUGUUCAGCUCACCUGUAGUGUUCUGUUAAGGUGUGUCGUCCAGGUCUAUUCAAAUCUGAGCCCUGAGGAGUGAACUAGUUUAGUAAUAAUUGGAGUCCCUCACCUGGCAUCCCCCGGUCUGGUUUGAAUCGGGAUUGAAGUCAGCAGUGCUACGAACCCUGGGGUCUGGAUUGGACUUGUCCUGGUGUAGUGCGUUGGGCCUUAAUUUUUGUGAAUUAAGAAAGAGCAUGCUGGCUAAUGUCCAGGCAGCAUAUAUCUGUUAUUCCUCAGUCCAGUCAAUCACUAUUUACCUUGAUAUGCUGUCGAUUUACUGGUGCGAGCAACAGCCUUGAGUCUCCAUUUCCAGUCUUUCCACAGUUUUUCUGCCACCUUUUUAUUUCUUCUAUGAUGGAGUGAUAAGCAGCUGUUGUGUGUGUUUUUUUUUGUUUGAGUGUGAGGACUGUAUAAAUGCCAAAGGCUCUAUUGCAGCAGAAGUUUGGGUUUACCACCGACCUGUGAGUUAAUACCCGAUUCAAGAAUACUGUAUUAAAAUAGUAAUCAUUUGAAGUAUUGUUUUACAUUAGCUGGUAGUUCUGCAUUUGUUUUUCUUCCCAUAAUGUGCACAUUAGAAAAUGAUAAAUUAGACUAGAUUCUUACUCCCAAUGCUAUACGCAAUUAGCCUGGCGAAGAGGUUCAAAUGAAAUUGACCAGUAAGACAAUUCUUUGAUUUAUUGUAUUAAAUUCAAAUUGAUAAAUUUUCUAGAAUUUCAUAACACAAAUACUGCAAAGUAAGAAAGGGGAAAGUAUGGUAUUAAUUUAUAACCUUGUAAAUAGAAAGCUGGCUUUAAUGUGAUUCUUCUGCAAUGCCUUACCAUUUCCCAGCAUGCAUUAAACCAAAGCCCUCUGAUACUCUCAAAGGGCAGUGUAUGGGUCACAAACUCAUCCAGCUUCUUGUUCAUGUACUCACUGACCAGUUUAGGAAAACUCUCCACACUUUUAUACCCUGUGGAAAGCAGAUGUGAAGUGUGACCUCAAUCUAAUCAAAGACCACAUCCCAGAAAAUGCUGGAAAACUGAUGAUUGGAUAUUGUGGGGUGCCAACUACACAGAGCUAUUGGCUCUAACUGUGACAUCAUUAGACCCAUCCCAGUCUCAUCCAAGCAGUUCCAGUCAAGGUGUGUCCUGUCACCAGCUGGAAUGGGCAAUUGAAAAUCUCUUGCCCGGCUGCUGCCACCCUCUGGAACACAGUAUGUCACUUAGGUAACCGUCACCUUACUAUGGUGCCACUCUAACCAUUGGGUGUAACAGAACAUUUGCUGCAAUUAAGAUUUGAACCACUUUUUAUGUAUUAUUCAAUAAGAUAAAAUUGAGAAAAGCACUGUGUGCUCUUCUUCCUCAAUAUUGUCAACAAAAUAGUCAUUUACUCCCCAAACACUCAAGGGAGUGGUCAGUAAAGGUGACAUUCACCUCAUUGCCCACACACUCUAGACUAAUCCAGUCCUUUAGUCAUCUCAACCAAAACCUCCUGGAUGGGAUUGCUGGGGUUCACCAGCUCAGUGACUCCAAACUUCUUGGGCACCUAAAACUUGUCUGGGUUGAGGUCGAUCCCAUUGGUCCUGGUCGCCCCUGCAGCUUUGCAUCCCACGAUGGCAACCAGGCCCAAAGCCCCAAGGCCAAACUGCACAGGUGGAGCCCGCCCCCACCUGUAGGGGAAUGGAAAUGAAACACCAAAGCCAGUAGGUGAGAGUUGUCCUGCUAUACUCAAUCAGUUGAAUCGGGUGUAUUAAAAACAAAAAAAUCAAUCCAACUACCACCUCUUCAGAGGACAAAAAUAAAUAAUUUUUUUUUCUAGUUUUUUUGUUACAUAGAUACAUUUGACAAACAUGGCACUUUUAUAUACAGCUUUCCCUUGACAUAUUAACGAUCAUGAGCUCCUUAAUCUUACCCUUCAGCUGCUCUCAGCCCCUACCAUCGUAGACCCCGCUCAUUUGGUGUCCAUGUGCCAUAUAUUUUUCUAACUGUGCUGUUUUACAUGUAUUUUGAACCUUUCUAAUUGCAUAGUAUCCACAUAUUGUGACAUAAAGAUGAAAACCUUUGCUACCA